GGUAGCGGCGGCGGCUGCCGCCGAGAGCGCGACUGUUUUGAGGGCUCAGGAACCCUACGGAGUGGGGACGUGGGGAGGCAAGAGGGUGAGAAAGCCGGCGGGAGAAGAGGGCGGCGCUGGAGGAGGGCGGCGCUUGGCUGACUCAUCGCUCUGGAAGAUCAGACUGACAGACACAGACGUUUGCUGAUCCCGCCCGACCGCGCCGCUCCUCCUCAGCCGGGAGGCGCCCGCCCGCUCGCACCACCCGCCCGCCCUCCCCGGCAGCUCUCGGGGCCCGGCCGGCUCAGAGAAAGUUUUCCUUGUCGGAGGCUCUGGAACCGUCGCGGGCCUUUGGGAAGGAAAGGGGAACGGAAGAGGAGGCGACAGCGCGCGGGCCCGCGGAGUGCAUGGUGCUCGGCGCCUCGGCUGCGGGUCGGGAGGACCUCGGGGCGGGGUCGGGCUGAGCCCAGCUCCUUCUCCGCUCAGCCUCGCCAGAAGUCGCCCGCCCAGACUGCCGCGGGGUCCCCGCUCCUCAGCUCGCCAUGUCCCGCCUGCUGCCGCUGCUGAGGGGCCGGACCGCGCGCAGCCUGCGGCCGGGCCCGGCCGCCGCGCCCCACCCGCCGUCCUGGUGCUGCUGCGGGCGGGGGCUGCUGGCGCUCGCGGCCCCCGCCGGGCCCCGGCUGCUGGGCACCCACCCCAAGAAGGAGCCCAUGGAGGCGCUGAACACGGCCCAGGGCGCGCGCGACUUCAUCUACAGCCUGCACUCCACCGAAAGGAGCUGCCUGCUCAAGGAGCUGCACCGCUUCGAGUCCAUUGCCAUCGCCCAAGCAUGCAGAUAUCCCAAACCUGAGAUUGCCAUUGUGAAGCGUGCAAAGGCGGUAUCAUCAGCAGAGACUCCUGAUACUUUUGGUAUUUCAAGAUGUUCCAGUCGACUGACGAGGACUUCUCCUCACAGUGUCAGAAAUGUAGUGAUGAUGAGAGUGCAGCUAACACGUAGUUCUGAAAAAUUGGAAGCUCCACCACCCACCCCAGGACAGCUGAGAUAUGUAUUCAUCCACAAUGCGAUACCUUUCAUAGGGUUUGGCUUUUUGGAUAAUGCAAUUAUGAUUGUUGCAGGAACCCAAAUUGAGAUGUCUAUUGGAAUUAUUUUCGGGAUUUCUACUAUGGCAGCUGCUGCUUUGGGAAAUCUCGUGUCAGAUUUAGCUGGACUUGGACUUGCAGGCUAUGUCGAAGCGUUGGCUUCCAGGUUAGGCCUGUCAAUUCCUGAUCUCACACCAAAGCAAGUUGAUAUGUGGCAAACACGUGUUAGUACACAUUUGGGCAAAGCUGUUGGAGUGACUAUUGGCUGCAUUCUAGGAAUGUUUCCUUUGAUUUUCUUUGGAGGAGGAGAAGAUGAUGAAAAACUGGAAAAGAAAAAUUAAUCCUCUUAGAAUACCUAUAAAAAGAUGUAAACUAAUGUACCUCAGUUAUUAAAAUAUGCUGUCUGAACAUUUAGGAAUUAAGACAGUAACAGUGUAUAGAUAUGGGAUCAAAUAACUCAGCAUGUAUUAUGGAAAACACUAACUUAUUGUGGCUUGAUCUUCUUGGGACAUCUUUUUUAAACAAAUGUUUGGUAUCAUUUUGUGUAAAUUGUUGAAAUGCUUUUUCAUCAGUGGCAGUCAACAUUUUAUUUUUUCUUUCUCUUUAUAUAUCAAUAUAUUAUUUAAGUAUUGGUCAUUCAUGUACUGUAUUGACUUAGGGUUUGCUUAUUUAUUACCUAAUAUGUGUAUAUGCAUGAAAGCGUUUUUGUUAUUGUUGUUCCCUGAUGAUUACAAUUCAACCUUGGGAUUUUUCCAAAUUCCUGAAGAUACUUAAGAUUUUCUUACUCUCUUUUAGACACCAAUUUUGUACUGUUUCACAGUAAACAUUUACAAUCAUAUAAUUUUAGUUAUCUUCUUAACUCUCACAUCUAUUCAUAAUAGAUGCAGAGAGAGAUUUUAAGUAUUUUGAGUAUACAUUUCCCAUUUUAAUUUUCUGACCUUACUGUCUUAAGAGGCAGAGGUUAAUCAGAGCAAUUAUGUUGUCUCCUUACUGCAUAAAACCAUAUAUGCUAACAAGUGUGCUUACUUCCAGUUGAUUUUUUUUAACCUUUAAUUUUCCAAUUUCGGAUAUUUACAUGGUUGAUUGUGCCUCCUGAGGGGAAGAAGACGGUUAUUUUAGUAUCUUUUAAAUGGGUAUUGUGGAAUUAGGGUGAACUAAGGGAUUUGAUGUGACACUUGGAAAUUAAGAGGCUAAAACAUUUUUUUUUAAGAGAAGCAGAAAAAGGGAACUGUUAAGAAGGUUUAUGGUAUAAGUGGUGAAGUUGAAGUGAUGUAGGUUAAUAAAAUACAAACUGUAGCGUUUAAGAAAGAUUUUUUUUCCUCUGAAGUAUCAAUUUUACAUCUGAAUGUGAUGAGUCUGAAUGUUCCAUGCUCAUGAUCCUAAUCUGUUUAUAUCUUUUUUAGUGUAUUUUAUUUCUUGCUAAUUUCUUUUGAAGUGAAAAAUAUUUAAUAUUUUGCUUUUUUGUUACAUAGUCUAGUCAAAAGUUACAUGAAAGGAAAUCUUUUCUCCCUUUUGUGAUCUUUUGUCUUAUUUAGUGGUGUUUAAAGCAUAUUCUAGGUUGAAUUACUUUUAGUGUUGUAUAUCUAACUUAAGUAUAACUAUGUAUGGAUUAUAAAUUUUAGUUUUCUGAACCCUUUAAAUUUUUUAGCCUAUGGCCUGUUACACAUGCUAAAAAGUUACUCUUGUAACAGAGUAAUAAAAACACAUCUUGAAGGAGAGAAAAUGAAAUGAAAAUGAAAAUAAUAUUUUGGGUAUUUGAAAUUAUGUUGCUAAAUAUAUGCCGAAGAAAACAAGUGUACAAGGUAGUUUAUUAUAAAUUCUCUUUUGCACUUGAGAAUGAUUAAGUGCUGUCCUUUACUCAUAGAUUUUGAGGGAAAAAAGAAAAUAUUUUGUACACUGUAAAAAUAAAUAUAUAACAAUCUUUUUUUGUUUGUUUUUGAGACAGAGUCUCACUUUGUCACCCUUGGUAGAGUGCUGUGGCAUCAUAGCUCACAGCAACCUCAAACUCCUGGGUUGAAGCAAUUCUCUUGCCCCAGCCUCCCAAGUACCUGGGACUACAGGCACCCGCCACAACACCUGGCUGUUUUUAGAGACGAGGUCUUGCUCUGGCUCAGGCUGGUCUCAAACCUGUAAGCUUAGGCAAUCCACCUGCCUCCGCCUCCCAAGUGCUGGGAUUACAGGCAUGAGCCACCAUGCCUGGCCCUUAUAACAAUCUUAUUAUACACAAGUAAUGUAAUAUUCUUGUUGGAUCAAAUCAGAAUUAUACAACUUGGUAUCUUAAACUGAAUUGUCAAUAUAAUACUACAUACAGACACCAAAAUAAUCUUUAAAAAAAAAUUCAGAUUGAUAGAAUUAGAAUGUUGUUUUGUUUUGGUAAAUGUGUAAGCACUUUUGUCCCUCUUUUGUAUAUUGAUAGCAGUGCUUUCUCUUUUCUCAAAAAGUAUUUUAUUGUGGUGCUUAACUUUUCUUCUUAUAAUUAAACCCCAUGUCAGAAACCUUGCCUGUGAGUUUAGAAAGGGCUUUUGAUUACUAGUUUUCUUUUUUUGCUUUUGAAAAUAAUCCAGUCAAGGAGAAUUGUCAUUUUAAUUGAACAUCUGCAGGAUUAUUUUUAAGAUUUCAAAAUAUGGAAUAUAUUUUAAUUUAUAGUACAUAUAGUAUUUUAAUUUAUGGACACAAUAAAAAUUUGAAUUAUUAAGCUAAUUAAUUUUCAAAAAAUGAAACCUGUCUGUCCUAACCAAAGGUAUAGAUUCUUUCAACAUUUUGUUCUAUACUAGUACAGACCUUUGAACAAAGUGAUUUCUGAAGAAUAGUUCCCUUUAUGAUAAAAACUUUAUGAUCAUUGUUUUAUAUCACUUGCCACAAAGGACUUUAUUUCACGUUGAAACUGGAACUCUUUGUUUCUUGUAUUAGCUAAUUCUUUAUUAGGAGCACAAGAACUAUAGUUCAAUGCAACAUGAAUUACUUUAGUACUGUUCGUUUGAAAUUUGUGUUGUCCAUGUAUUACGAUUUACUGACUUGUUCUGCAUGUAAAUUGGGCGUAUUUUGUUGCCACUGUAUGUUCAAUGGUGACCAAUGUUUUUACAAAGGAACUGAACAAAAAAUAUCUUUUAAG